CGGAGCAACCAUAAAGCCACUGAUAAAGUCAAGCGACCAGCAAGCAGUUCAAGGAGCAAUAAGGAUAAUGCGUAGCUGGUUUUUAUUCGGAUUAUAUGCCGUGCUAAUCGCCGCAACAGUUGGCCAACCGCUGCAGCAAAAUGAGUCCGGAAAAAACGAGGAUUCUGAAAGGGGCGAGCGAGUGAGUCGCCAAAUUCCCUAUCCAUACAUGGGCGGCUACGUCGGAGGAUACGGUGGAUACGGAGGAUACGGAGGAAUCGGUGGAUACGGGGGCUAUGGAAGCUACGCCGGCAUACGCUCUUCACUUUAUCCUUACGGCAAUCUGUACGGCUCCAGCGGCUUGGGACUGUCGGGCGGAUAUUAUGGUCGUCCUUAUGGUUAUGGCGGUGGCUAUAAUAUUGGAUAUCCGGCCAUUGGCGGCGUUGGUGGCAUUGCCGGCGGCAUCUUUGGCGUUAGUCCACUUUCCCCAUUCGCUUAAGUGGCUAACCGAAAUAAAAAACCUAUACAAAAAACUAAAACCAUUGGCAAAUUUAACUAAAAAAAUAUUUUUUUUUUAAUGGGAGUGAAGUUUAGCUGUGGUUAAAUAAGCAAGGAUUACCUAAUGAUUCCUCAGUCAGCUAUUUGACAUGGUAAUGUGAUUGUGGUCAAUAUGGAAAA